UAAUUUCAGCUGGAGGUGAUGACCACGUGACCGCACUUUGGAAGGUAAAAGAUGUGGUCGGACCAAAAAAAGAUUGGGGAACAAAGUAAAUAAAACUAGUAACGACGAGAAUGCGUGAUAUAAAGCAAGGUUAAGAACAUAUAUUGUUAAUACGACGCUCGAAAUAUGGCGAAUAGGAUGCAGUCAAGUGAAAGUAAGGAAAAUAUCGAGAUGGAAUUAUUCUCUUCUGAUCGUUCCUGUAUGAUGAUAUCAACUCUAGAACGAGAGCAACAAUACUGCUUUUAUGAGAAAAACUUGGUGCCUCCUUUGGUUCGUAGUUGUGAGGAAAACCCACAGCCCAUGGUUCGGAUCAAGCAGGACAGGCGGCAGCAAGCCAAAACCAAAGCAAACACACCUGCCAGGGAGAGAACUAAGCGCUACCCUCCACCCGCUGCCUUUACGGAAGAAAUGGAGAUGGAAAUGGAGACGCUUCUUCCUCCCACGAGCUCUGAGGUCAAGCUGGGAGAGCUCAAGACCCCGUGGACUCACACGUCCUCUUUGAAAAAGGAACGUCGGGCCAAAUGGAAGAGUUUGACACCCCAAAAGACUGGGCUGGUGGUCAAAGACGUACUCUGUUUAUCAGGAGGUUACUAUGACGACGAACUCACAAGAAACAUUGCACCACAUGGCAAAGAGCAAGAAGCUCUUUCGGCCAUUGGAAUGGCCGCUCGGAUAACCGUUGACAGUGAGUGGUCACCCAAACAGUUGGAGAGUCGGCUGGUGGCGUUUUUCCGAGAGCGAGUUCCGAAACAAACUGGACGCAAGUUUUCCUUUACAUAUUUACAGUGCAUAGAGAGCUGCCGGGUGCUGUUUGUCCCUCGUACUCCUGCAGAAGGCUGGACUGGAGCACAGGUCCUCAGGAUCUCAGAGAAUGGUGCCCUGUAUCUCCUUGGCCACCAUGACCACCCGAAGCAGGCGGCCAGUGAGACAGCUGCAGUUGACAAGAAGGAAAUAUGUCUUGAAGAAAGUACAGAGAGUCCAAAAUGGAGGCAGAUAGAACCAACGACAUAAUCACGAGAACACAAAGAAUGAUUACAUGUGACUUAUAGGUUCCUGGAUGUUACUAAAAGGACCAAAACAUCAUAACUUGAGGAUCAUUUACUGUUCCAGUUGUUACACAUCAUUAAUAACGUUUCCUGAUCUGGAUGCACAUGGGAGAUGUACUAUAAUGUUGCCAUGCUUGCAAUGUUCCUGGUCAAAGAUAAGUACUGUAUUCUACUAACCUUUCAUGUUGGAAAAAUGGGAGAAACAAAUCAUAGAAAUAUCUGAGCCUCUUGAACUGAUUGUUUUUGUGUUAUUUGAAUGAUAAAGUGGUACCUUUGGUUUUUUUUUAGUGUUAAGGCAUGCAACCCGUACAAAAAUCAAAGCAAUUUAUAAGAAAUCAUGGAAAAGAAAACCAAAAAUAUUAACACAAGACACAUUUUAAAUAGAAUAUUUAUAGUUUUACAUAAGGAAAACAAUGCAAAAUACACCAAUGAAAUGGAUAAAUGAAUAUUUUACCAUAACUUUUAUCUUUUUUGAAGUGUGCGUGUAUGUGUGCGUGUGU